ACUUCAUUGAAUUUUAAUUGUAUUUUUUGCCUACAAUGGAUAGUAGGAAAAAACAAGUUUGUAUAAACUGAAAUAAUAAUAAUAAUAAUAAUACUAAUAAUAAAACAAGUUUUUAAUAGUAGAAGCGUAAUAGCACUUUUAUUAAAACAGAAAAAGUUCUUCUUCUUCAUCUUCCUUAAGCUCUGCGGCAACCAACUUGCAAGCUAUAUUUGAGCCCAUUUCCCUCCCUCUCUUACUCCAUUCUCAACUACAUUGUUCCACCAUCUAUUCUCUCUCUUGCGUUCGGUUUCGAUUUGGGGAUUUUGCUGCAUACACUCCUCACUUCAAUAUUCUGAUGGGUAGCAUUAGCCACAACCAAGUCACGGUCUCCAUAUGCUUCAAAAUUAUACUUUAUGUGCUCGUCUUCAUCAUAUCUCAUGUCGACGGUCAAAACGCUUCCCAACAACUAAGUAUCACGUUCAUAGCAGAUGCCAUAACAAAAGGGGCCGGUAAAAUCUGCUUGGAUGGAACCCCUGGAGCCUACUAUUUUUCCAAGGGAUUCGGAGAUGGAAUCAAUAGUUGGAUGAUUUUUCUACCGGGAGGAGCAUGGUGUGCUACAAAUGAAGGAUGCCUCAAUAAGAGCAGCACAGAUUUAGGGUCCAACAAAAAUCCUCCUCCAUUACCUUUGGGUACUUUCCAAAGUACAAACAAAACAAUAAAUCCAGAUUUUUAUAACUGGAAUAUUGUUCAGAUCCGGUACUGUGACGGUGCAUCAUUUAUGGCAGAUGUUGAAGCCGUCAAUCCGGAAACAAAUCUCCAUCUAAGAGGCCGGAGAAUCUUCACCUCUGUAAUCGAAGAGCUCAAGAGUACUCAAGGAAUGAGUAAUGCUGAAAAUGCUUUACUCAUAGGAAACUCGGCAGGUGGGUUGGCGACGAUCCUAAAUUGUGAUCGUUUCCAUUCUUUCCUACCCGGUGCCUGUCGUGUAAAAUGCAUUUCAGAUUCUGGCUUCUUUAUUCGGGCGGAACAUCUCCGUGGAGCUCAGGACAAUGCCAUAGACAACUUUCGCAAAGUAGUUUUAUUUCAUGAAUUAGCCCAAUUUCUACCGGAGUCAUGCACACAAAGACUUGCUCCAGAAUUGUGUUUUUUCCCGGAAAAUGUGGUCAAUGAUAUCCGGACGCCAUUGUUUUUGCUAAACUCGGAUUUUGACAAAUAUCAAAUAUCGGAACUCGUAGUACCUAACAAAGUGGAUUGGAAUAAUUGCACUGCAGAAUUUAGCAAGCUUUCAAGUUGCACAGAAAAUCAACAACAUAUCAUAAUGGAUUUUCAGACCACGUUUCUGGAAACAUUGGAGAAACUAGAUGAUAAUCCAUCAAGAGGAUUAUUCAUCACAUCGUGCUAUGUCCAUGAUUUUAUUUACAAACCAUCCAAUUGGCAAAGAAUACCGACUUUGCAAAAUAAGGAUUGGAUUAUCAAGAUCCAGAAUGUUCUAAGCUUUUGCCUCCGGAUUGUCUGGAUUCAUAUUACCAUGAAAUGUGCAAAAAUACAUUUGAUGCAGUGGACGUUCCGGAUAAAUGUUGCAGCUACAUUAUCACCACACUUAACUAUGGUUGCUUCAUGUACGGCCUCUUUAAACAAUUUGAGAGUAUGCACCUUUGCGACGAUAAGCUAGACCGUGGCAGGGCUCAAAUCAUUUGGGACAAGUGCUAUGGCUACACAAAGCUGUAAUAUGUACACUACAUAUAGCGGUUGUUGAAAAUAAAAAUACAUAUGAUGUUAUAAUAUCAAAUCUUCUAUAUAAUUGUCAACUUACUUUUAUCAA